UUUAAAGAAAUAGCUGAGAUGCAGUCACCAUUUUCACUGAAACUCGACCUCAGUGGUCCUUCUCGGACCCUGGCAUCAGAAGAAAGCACCACCAGCACCACCGGCUUCCUGAAGCUGGGAGAGAAGCAGCUCUUUGAGAAGUUUUGGAAAGGGACUUUCAAGGCUGUGGCCACCCCCAGACCGGGGAGUGUCAUUGUGGCGAGCAUCACCGCCCAUCGGAGAGUGACUGGCUCAGAAACAACAGCCUCCUGCCAGCCGCUUCAGACGGAUGAUGGGAAAGCUGCUGACACGCGGGUGGACGGCGCGGAGAGGAACGGCUGCAUCAAAGGAAGCGGCCGUAAACACCGCAGCCACCGCAGGGCCAGGAUCCCCUUCUUUGAUGGUGUCCUCUCCCCUCGGGCAAAAGGGAAGAAGAAGAAGAGAAAGUCUGAGCGAAAGAGAAAAAGAAGAAGGUCACCUUCACACAGUCUGUCACCACUGAGGAAGAAGAAAAAGAAGAAGAAGAAGAGCUCCAAGAAAAGCAAGCGACAUAGGUAUACCUCCAAGAAGUCCAAACACAGCUCUUCAAGUUUAAAACGUAAGAGGAAGGAUGAACGCAAGCACAAAAAAAGUUCACGGACUCACUCGCGCCGGAGGCGGCGCUACAGGAGGUCUGAGUCGGACACUUCCUCCUGCCGAUCCUUUACAGGGAAAAGACACCGACAGAAGUCUGUGGUUCAUCAGGCAUUCAGGGAGAUGAGAGCGGCUGGAGAGGAAACCCGAGCAGCACUGAACCCCGCGGAAACAAAGUGGAGACGUACGACAAAAUCUGUGUGUAAAACGGCUCCUAAAUAUCGCUCCGUCCUCUCAGCAGGCACCAUUUUGCCGGCAAAGCCUGGAAGCAAGCUUUUAAACGGGAAUGGAGCUCAGGAUUUCCCAAGUCACCCCGAAGGUCCGCGUGACUACGACUCUGGCAACGACACAUCUUCCCCGCCGUCGAGCAAAACCUGUGUCUCUCGGGCGAGUGUCGCUGAGAACCAGAGGAGCUGUUGUCAGCGUCUCGCCUCACCUCCUGAGAAGCAACGCUUUGCUGACAGAGAUAACGGCUCGGAUUCAGGGAACUCCGUGACAAGCUACGCCUCCUCGUGCAAACCAUACAGGGAAGACGGCUUCUCUGCGGCCCUCUUCAGUGGAAACAGCAAGAGUGGGCAGACAAACUCUGGGUGUGAGGAAGACGUUGCAAGAUGGCCGAAGGCAGGCAGAUGUUCACAAAGGAGGAGCAGGUCUUCUCGGAGACGGCUGAAAACGCUCUCCUCCACCAGCAGGAGCAGAUCCUCGGGGAGCUCCAGGCACUCUGGGCGCUAUUCGCGAAGCGCCUCACUGUCUUCUUGCAGCUCAUACUCUCGUUCUCUGAGUAACUCGUCAGACGUGAGGCGAAGGAGCAGCUUGCUCAGCCUGAGCUCCAGAGGGAGCUACUCCAAACACAGUGCUGACAGACUACGAGACAGAAAGCGACAGUCUAGCUCCAGAGAGACAGAUCUGAAGCACACGCAUAAAGUUAGUGGGAAGAGUCGCAGACGCAAAUCCUACUCGCCAAUGAGGAAGAGGAGGAGAGACUCUCCCAGCCACCUGGAGGCGCGGCGCAUCACAAGUGCCAGGAAGCGACCCAUCCCUUACUUCCGACCCAGCCCUUCCUCCAGCAACCGCUCCACCAGCGUGUCAUCGUGGAGCAGCCUGUUCACGCGAAGCCGCAGCCGCAGCCGCAGCCACAGCGCCAGCCGCAGCCGCAGCUACUCUUCUUACAGGAGCUACAGCAGGAGCUCGUCGUGGAACUCCAUCUUCGGGUCCCACAGUCGCAGCCGGAGUCGCGUCUCUUUGAAGAAGCGAAGGAAAACCAGGCGUUAAAAAACGUUGCUCUGUUUGGGAGACGGGAACUGCAUCUGUAUCUCUAGCCGGGACAGAGGCUGUUAAAAAUGGCCCGGCAGUGCUUCGAGUCCAUCUGUCAUUGAAACAUUCCUGUUCUGUCAACUAACAAAGACCAUGGGACGCAAAAUUUCCCUUUGGGUUUUUUUUUUGUUCCAGCACAUCCCCCUCUUGUAUCAAACUAGCAUCUCUGUUGAACAAAAUAUCCAACAGAGGUAAGAGUUUGCCCUCUUCUCGUUAAAUGAUCCAUCUCGGAUCAUCUCAGUGCCCAGAAUCAACCUAUUAUUCACAGGGAGGGAAACGUUUGGUUUAAAACCAAGCCCAAGAAGCACUGAAAUGACUUGUGUCCCAUUUUGGACUUCACUUACAAUAAACACACAUACAGUGGAUGCCCUGAUGUUUAGCAGGGCACCAGGCAGGAACUGUUCUGCAUUAGGUGCGCGCGACCCCGAUUUUACACCACGAGAUGAAGGACGGGGGGUAACAUUUAAGCCGUUUGAUCCGUGCCUCCGCAAACGGCUUCACAGGGAUCGUUAUCAGGAAUCAGGAAAAGGCUUUCAGCUCUGAUCUCAGCACUUCACAAACAGGAGAA